GACACGACAAAAAAGCUCCAAGCUUGAAGAGAAGAAACAAAGUUUGGAGAUCCUUAGGGUUUACUCGGUCAAUCUCGCAUGUGAAGACCAUUGGAGAUAUGUGCAGAGGAGCAAAAGACUUUUCUUGAUGGGGAGAAGGGGAUAUCGCAUGAAUGGGUAGGCAUCAGCUUGGCACGGAGUUUGACGAAGCCCCCCUUCACCAGCGGCCUAUGAAAGAAGUCCACAAUAAGGCGAAAAGGUUGACGGUAGAGAGAGAAAGAGGAGGAAAACGUGGCCCGGAAGUGUACACUUCGUUGCAUCCCUUUUGGCCUUCGUCUGUUCCCCAACUCUGCGCGAGGUUGGGACAAAAAGCGCCCCUUUCUGCUCCCCAAAAGCUAGAUAAAAGAUCGAUCGAGAGAGAGAGAGAGAGAGAGUUCAUGGAAUAGGAGUCGAGCUCCAGCUUCCUUCGCAGUGCUUGUCCUUCGUGUCGUGGCUUAAGGCCGCUCGAUGAAGGGGAGCCACGAGCACGGCCGGAGCAGCGGCUGGUCGUCGAAGGGCAGCGCGAGGGAGAACGCCGAAGAGGACGAGGACGAGGUGUACGUGGCGGUGGUGAAGGAUGUGAAGGAGGGGAAGGCCAACUUCCUGUGGCUGCUCCACAACACCCCCGAGGACAAAAAGGUGGUCGUCGUUCACGUCCACCGCCCGGCCCAGAAGAUCCCCACCGAUACCGAGCUCUUCCUUCCUCUCUCGAUUGCAGCGUUGGGUUGGAUUCCUGCGUCCCAUCUACAGGAGGAAGAGGUUGCAGCAUACAGAAGCAUUGAGAGAGCCAACAUGCACGGAUGUUUAGACGAGUACAUGACUUUGUGUUCCCGUGUAAAGGUGAAAAGAGCAGGAAAACUCGUGAUCGAGAAAGACAAUGUCAGAAAAGGACUAGUGGAGCUCGUGGCUCAGCGUGGAAUCACCCAACUUGUUAUGGGCGCAGCAGCAGACAAAUAUUAUUCGAGGCGAAUGAAGGGUCCGAGGUCGAAGACAGCUCUGGCCGUGCAGCAGCAGGCUGAUCCAUCAUGCAAGAUCUGGUUUGUCUGCAAAGGGAACCUCAUCUGCACCAGGGAUGCCUGUGUUGAUGAAGUAGUCGCAGCUCACAAGCCCACGUCAAGAUCUGCCGAUUGCUCCCCACACUCACAGGUGGCCAUGGCGGCUUGGCCUGGUGAAGGACCGGCGGGAUCAUCGACCUCAGGGAGCGGAGAGAGCAGCGUUAAUGAUACGUGGGAUGUUGCGUCGAGGGCUUCGGACCACUCUCUCCACGGAAACAUGGCUUCGUCGCCGGAAGUGCCGCCGGAAGCGGACAGAGAUGAUGGAUCGCUCGUUCUACGGACACUUCCUGCACCUGGAGAAGUCCCUCAGUUCCAAUCUCCACAACGUUACCUGGUACACAUCUCUCUCUCUCUCUCUCUCUCUCUCUCUCUCUCUCUCUCUCACUCUCUCACACACACACACAUACGCUCACAUACACACUCACAAUUCGUCAUAUCUGUGUUGCAGGAGGAUCUUGGUGUCGAUGGUGCCAUGUACGAACGGCUGGAAGCUGCGCUGAAGGAAGCGGAUAACACGAAACGUGAAGCUUAUGAAGAGCUCCACAAGCGUCAGAUAGCUGAGAAGGACCUGAGCGAGGCUGCGAGGAAGGUCGACGUCGCCGAGACUGCAUACAACAAAGAGGUGAGACAAAGGAAAGAAAUCGAAGAAGCGGUAGCAAAAGAUGAGAUGCAACUGUCAGCACUGAGAAAACAGCGAGAUGAGGUCAAUGAAGAACUCCAGCAAGCACGUCAGAAGAUGGCAGCGCUGGAACUCCAAAUAUCUGAUUCUGACCAAAUUCUCAAGGAUAUCAAAGCCAAAUUGCCCGAGGCAUACAGCCACCUCAAUUCGAUCCGAGGAGAGCAUGAGCUGUCGCAGCAGGAGCGAGUGCAUCAGAAGAAAGAAGAAGCAACAACCAGCACUCGUGGAGCAGAACACUUCUCUGAGUUCUCCCUUUCGGAGCUGGAACAAGCAACAGAAAACUUCCAGGAGGCAUCAAAGAUCGGCGAAGGUGGAUACGGAUGUGUAUAUAAAGGCUCCCUUCGCCAUACGACAGUGGCAAUAAAGAGGUUGAAUCCACAAGGCAUGCAAAGAACAGCAGAAUUCCGGCGAGAGAUUGAUAUUUUAAGUAGAGUAAGGCAUCCAAACCUUGUCACUCUCAUAGGAGCAUGCCCAGAAGCCAGAGCUCUCGUUUACGAGUAUCUUCCUAGUGGAAGCUUGGAAGACCACCUUACUCGCAAGCUCACCUGGCAGGUCCGCAUCCGCAUUGCAGCUGAAAUAUGCUCCGCUCUCGUCUUCCUCCACUCCCGUAAACCCCUUAGUGUGGUCCAUGGUGAUCUUAAGCCUGUAAACAUUCUUCUCGAUUCAAACUUUGUGAGCAAGAUUAGUGACUUGGGCAUGAACCGACUGCUUGUCCGGUCCAUUGGCAGCAGCACCCUCUACCACUGCAUGCAUCUGCGCAAGGGAACAUUUGCUUACAUGGACCCUGAAUUGCUCUCAUCCGGAGAAAUCACAGCAAAAUCUGAUGUGUACUCCUUCGGAGUCAUACUUCUGCAACUUCUAACGGGAAGGGCAGCAUUUGGCGUAAGCAAAGUAGUAAAAGAGGCAUUGGAUAUGAAAUGCUUGGAGAGGGUACUUGAUGCUUCUGCAGGGGACUGGCCAUAUGUGCAGGCAGAGAAGUUGGCAAAACUGGGGUUGAAAUGCUGUGACAUGAACAGGAGGAACCGGCCAGAUGCAAAAGAGGCAUGGAAAAUGCUUCAGCCCUUGAUGAAGUCCAUCUCAUUUGCCAGGUUAUCGCCUUCAUCGAUUGUGUUAGCUCCAGAGUACAGCAGGUGCAUUCCAUCAUACUUCAUCUGUCCAAUAUUUAAGGAGCUUAUGAGGGAUCCACAAAUAGCAGCAGAUGGUUUCACUUACGAAGGUGAGGCCAUUAAAGGAUGGCUUAGCAGCGGCAAUAAGACAUCACCCAUGACUAACCUCAGGCUAUCCGAUUGUGAGCUACUCCCCAAUCAUGCCCUUCGUUCUGCAAUUCAUGGAUGGCUUCAACAUCAAAAUUGAUAUGAUUUCAGGAAUAAAGAAAGGAAAUAGCUGUGUCAAUUGGACGACUGUGUAAGUUCAUAGAGAGAGAGAGAGAAAAAAAGUUUAUUACCAGUACAUGGAAUGUACAUUUGUAUCCAUUGAGUUGCAUAAAUCUUGGUCUUGGAUUUAAGACAAAGAGGCAUGUAUAGGACUUUUGCUUUUCAUACGAACGCUGUCCUUCUCUCCUAA